CUCAGAAUUCAUUGACGUUUUUUUCCAUCAGGGAAUACAGAGAAAAACGUAUGGGAUGGAAUAUGGAGAGAGUCGGUUGAUUUAAUGAAAUCGGGCAUUUUUUUUCUCGAGCCUCCUACUUGCAAUACUACUGCGGUAGCAGCACGCUAUAGCACUAGUGCGUUCCUUGUUUAAUCGACGAACAAGAGUCCACCUUAUUUUUUCACCCGGACGAGACUUCCAAACUGCUAUUGAGUUAUGCGUUGCCCUGCUUCUCCUCAACGUUUGUUUCUCUUAAAAAAGAAGAUCACUAUUUUCUAUUCACGCAGUUCCACUUUCUAGCUGCUCGCUCCAGUUGCCGCGCCUAGAGAUCCUGAAGUUGAAUGAGAAUUACGUCAUCCAAAAGAACAUGAUUUACAAAAAAGAUCAUCAGAAGAGUCUUCAGUUCCUCAGUAGAGGCCUUUUCUAAUUGGUUUGCAAAAGAAUGUCUUUGUGCAUUCGCCAUUCGCCAUGUUUUGAUAAGCAAAAGCAAGAACUUGUUGUGCCAUGAUAUUCAUUCGCUCAGCGGCGGCGGCGGGUCAGUUGCGUUUUAGCGUUGACAAAGAAACUAAGCAGCCAGACUAAAGCUGCUUAAACUCAUCUUAUCUACAAAUAGAAACUUCAUUUUCCUUCCCUCCCCUCCAGGCGCACCUCCACUUGAUGACUUUUUUGUGAAGAUUAAGACUUGAACUUUAAGGACAGUUUUUCUACCUCCGUAGUAGUUACUCACUACUUCUAGUAGAUGAAGUUGUAGUACACUCCAGAUUGUGUGAAUGGUAAUCAAAACUGCGAUCAUAAUUAUCAGAGAAAUUUAUGAUGCCUAACUAUCUCCGGCAACACGCUUGCACCAGAAUGCUUCGUAGUAACAGGCGUCUGCUUCUGGACAGUACUCUAUUUUCGACGACGGCACCAGACGCUACAACUGUUAACACAAAAAGAACAAUGCAUGAAGGAAUGAAAAGACCCUAGGACAAUAACACUCCCCCUUCCCCUCUUCUUCUUGCUGAACUUAAUACCCCUCGAAUGGGUCGUAAACUACUACUACUACUAACACGUCGACUAGCAGCACCGAACCAACAGGCGAGAAAAUGAGCAAAAAAGCAGGGAAGUGGGGUAGUAGGAAGAAGGCCCCUUGUGGCGCGAAUUACUCUGACAACGAGGAUGUGGAAUUGCCUGAGCUGGAGAGCGAGAAGAUUGACGGACUUUAUCGCAGACUUGAAGCGCCUCUGGCGACGGCAAUUGCAGACUUCAAGGCCGCUGAGAAAGGGAGAAAAAAGGGGAAAGGCAAAAAGGGCGAGGGCAAUGGGGGCAAAAAGGUUGACGGGUGGCAGGAUGGUAACAGGGCGCGAGCUGCUAGGGAAGAGGAAAGCCCACGGCGGACCGAGAAAGGCAAAGGGAAAAAGGGCAAGAGGAAAAGCGGAAAGAAGGGCGAGAAAGUAUCAAAGCGAAGCGGGGUGACGAGCAAACAGAAAGGCCUUGAGCGCGGGCGGGCCUCCUUGCUCACUGAAGGCAAUGGCAGAGGCGAGGGGCUGAAGGGCACUGUCAGAUGGAGUCCUCAUGUGGUGGAGUUGUUUUCGGGGAGCCGAGUGGAGCUGCGGCCGCGAGUGCAACAGCAGGCAGGCUCGGGUUCUUCUAGUUGCGGAGCAGUUCUUGAGGGUAAUGAGGUAGUAGCGCAGCGCCGAAAGACUCAGCGCACGCCACGCCACCGGCGGCACAAGAUGGAGGAGGAUCGCCAACACUGUGAGUGGCCUCAAGUAGUCGGUGGGGACGGAGACUUCUGGUGGGUGAAUAAAAAAGAGCAACUUAGUACUACGGAUGCAGAUUGGGAUGAUUUCCACGUCGGUGCUGUUGCUGACCAGUCUCUUGUUGAAGACGCUGAAGCCGUACAACAGGGUGAAGAGCAUCAGCAAGGCCAAGAGGUAGCAGAGUGGGAUAAGUAUGGCAUCGACGGGGAAUGGUGUCAAGAAGGGGAAGAAUGUUGCGCUGAAGCUGAGGCCGAAUGGGACUGGAAUGGGGAUGCGUACCUCUCUCCUGGAGAAUACGCCCCCGGCGAGGGGGCUGAGAACUGGCAAGACAACAGCGACGCAUAUGAUUGGGGAAAUCAAGAUGAUUGGGGCACUGCAGAAGGGAAAGCAUGGGAAGAAGAUGGUGGCGAGCAGGAUGCAGCUUCCUCCGUUCGACAAAGCAGCGCAAAGAACGAGAAGAUUUCGCUGACCCCACGCAACUGCUUCGUGCAACAAGAUGCUACGUUCUCGCAAGGUCGAGAUUCUUUGUCGUGUGGAAGUCCAACGCGCUCUGCCACCUUGCACUUGAAGAGACCGGGGCCAGAAGAUGAAGAGCGGGCAGCUCUGCAACAGCAGCAGCAGCAGGAGGAGCUGGAGAGGGUCAAGCGUGAAUAUGACGAAAAGCAGAAGAAAAUUCUGCAGCUUGAAGCUGAGCUCGAAAGCGCACGCGCUGCAAUACGCCACCAGCAGGAAGCAGGGGAGACACCUCUAGGGUACAAAGAGCCUCCAAAUAGGAAAACAUUAGCUGCAGAGGUCAACGCAGAACUACAACGACUACAUCAGCAGGAGAAGGCAGAAGCAGGUGUAGUUCCACUGAUAGAAGGGCAGGGUCUUAUGCCUCCUUUCUCUAGGACUACUGGGUCGCGUGCUCCUACGUCGUACUUAUCAAAAGCAAACUCUGAGGGCGAGGCGAGGAGCCAUCGUGAAGACCAUCUCGAAGACCUUCAUGCAGGACGUGAGCCCUCUUCCGGGUCCGCAGCAUCGCAUAGUGUUCCUUCGACCUCCAAUAGCUUGACAAAGUCGCCAACCAAAGGGACGCAAGAAGUUGGCACGUCCAGAGAACGCAACGCCAGACCUGCUGACGCACAGCUUUUAGUUCCUUCUAUUCGUCUUCCGACUCAGCGACCGUGCAGAAGCGUCGGUGCAACAAGCGAUCAUCGCAAGAGAAGUGUACUCGAUGUUGCAUCAGAGAGGAAAGGACGAAGACGCGACUCUCGGAGGCGAGCAUCGCGUAGCCGCAGCAAAAGACGGCAACGUCAGGAGAACGAAGUUCCGCGGCCUGCUCAUUCUGCGCAGUACGCCACGUCCGGCGUCGAUAAAACUCGCCAUGACACGUCGGCGCGCGAUGGUUUUGCUGCAGCUGCCUCACAAGCGCCAGGAACCCAGAAAGCUCACCCUACUUCGUCAUCUUCCUCAAGACGCAAGUAUGUUCUUCAAAAAAGAACACAUAUUCGGAACCCUACAUCUACUCCAAGCCCCACGACAUCGUCUUCUUCCAUGCUUUCGUCCAGGAAAAACGUCAACAACGACAUCAACUCGAUUCCGUCUGCGCCGUCAUCAGCGAGGGACGAUGUAGAAGAACGCUGGAGACGUGCUCAAGUAGCAAGGAUAACCGCGACUGGCUACAAAGGAGCUGCUCCAUCUAGUGGUGGUUCUGCACCUCCGUCAAAAAUUGUGCCAGUUGUACAGUCACAUGCUCCGACGAACACUACUAGCACAACUGCACCUGCUCCUUCUACAUCGAUUAGUACUCAGCGUGCAAGCGCCAACUUCUCCAAAAGAAGGGAACAAAAAGACGUAAACAUUGACGGAAGUGGCACCACGAGACCUGCAUGGGAAGAUAAAAAAGACCACAUGCGUCCUACGACAACUACGACCACAACAUCAUCUUCCUCUUCCCCACCGAAAAAGAUCAUGAAGACGAGCUCAUCCCCUAGCAACAAGGAGAACCUUAAUAUUUGGAGUAACACCUUAAUAUUUGGAGGAACACGAAUAACUGGUGCUUCCUACAUCAAGGGAAAUAAUGUUGGGCCCAUGACAUCCGGAGCGACGCCGUCUGCUGUCAAGAAUGUAGACAAAUGCGUCGGGCCUCUGCCUACGGAGACACAUCCAACAACUACUACAACUAGUACUUCCAGUACGGAGAGCAAAACGGGAGUAGAGCCACUUGUUCAAGCCCAAAGCUGCACCAAGAGUACGGCGUCUCACUUCGCACAAAUUUUAGGAGCCGCAGGAGUAAAUUACACCACGAGCAGUCACAAUCAACGUUAUGACGAUGAGGAAGAAGAAGGUGAGAUCAAUCUUGAUACGGAGUCAGAGAUGGACCCCUUAUCGCCGCAGCGGGCCCCUCAACGUUAUCUCCACAGUUCUGGGGAAGAGGUUAAUUCAUCAGAUGAAGACGAUGACUAUGUUUUGUCUUCUUCAGAAUCAGAUGGAAGUCGUGAGAGGAACAGGAGGAAAUCAAGUAGAUUCUAUUCUUCCAGCUGCGACGACGAUAAGCUUCUUAAAGAUAAUUCCAACAUUAACAGCAGUUCCAGUUCGCUUGGGGGCAGCGACAAUGCGAAAAUUAUCAGCAGCCGUCAAGAGAAGAGCAAUUAUUUCAGGCGGGCGGUACCCAUCAUAACCUCCACGACGACGCUCGUCCCGGAGGAGAGUGUGGUAGAAUCGAGGGCAAAGCCGAAGCGUUCUCUCCCGACACUGCCCAAUGAUCGAGACGAGGCAUCCUUCGAACCCGUGCCUUCAUCAAUGCAAAGAUCUGGAUUCGAAAAGCCAAAGAGUAGAGGUAACACAGCUACGUGUUCUUCAUCAAGCAGCGGUGGAAAAAUUGCACAUGAGAAGCAACAUCCUGCUCUACGUCCAGCACCAGCACCAGCACCAGCACCACCAGUGCAUAGUCGUAGACCACGUAGACGCUACUCCUCGUCCUCGUCUGGUGAUGAAGGCAAGGCAGGCAAAAACGAUGCGGGGAGCGACAUUCUGCGUGUACAGCGCAUGAUCGAGAAACAAGUUCAAUUGAAUGGGGGCGCUUUAACACUGGAACAAAAAACACAUGCGAAAACGCUUUGUGAGCGAAUACGAAAAGCUGAGCGAAUCAGGUGAAAUACACGAGGACUAGAUCUUACUUCAGGUGAGAAGAAGUUCUGACGCGGGUAGGGCGAGCAUCAAAUAGUAGUACUGCUAUUACAUUUGUCAUUCAUAACUACCAAUUUUUCUCAAUUUCUUUCCUUGCGCAACGAAUUAAUAUUUUUCGGCUUGAUCUCGUCACUGAGCACUAGUAUUAAUAUACUGAGCAUGUUAACGCAUAGUGCUUGUCUCCAGCAUACUGGCAUACUGCAACGCAAGAAAAAAUGCAUAUUUAGUUCACCAACAUGUGCUUAAAACAUAUUUUUUUACGGAAAACUACAACAAUUGGCGCCCGCCCUGGAAAUGAGUUCCAUCUUGUUUUCAUCGUCAUGUUAUCCAUUGCGCACAAAGACAAAGAGCUUACGACUUCUCAUCCAACUGACUCGCUUGUUUGCAUCUUGGCAGACCCGCUUAGACUCAUUAUGCAC